AUGGAGUCAACCCUCGAGAUACUCGUCAGCCGCUUGCCGCCGGGCACCGAAAGCAGGAAUAGUAUGGAACCGCAGCCUCCAGAUGAGAAUGAUGGGUUCCAAGGAGACACGACCUUCCAGGCUCCCCUCAAUGCCUUCAAUGCUAACCUCGCAUCCAUUCGAGAGAAACUCGGCUACCAAGAAUCUGAAUCGCCUCCAACUCAUGAUGAAACGGCGCAUGCGGCGUCUAAUUCAUCGCCAACAGAAUCUAGCAGCUCCAAGCCUCUAGAGACCAUCCGCUGCGGCGCACAACAUCUUCCCUUCCCGAACAAAUCCGACUAUAGUCGAUACCUCGACUUUAUUUUCGACGACAUCAACCCUUGCCACCCAUGUGUGAAUGAAGCUGACUUCCGGUCAAGGUGUCAGAGCCUCCUCACAAGUCGCACCAUUGAUCCAUCCGAUGUUUGCGUUCUUGCACUUAACUACAUCCUGUUUGCAUGUACAGAUAUUUUGACUCACUUCGGUCCCGCCCAAGAGAAGAGCCGACUUCCUGGGUGGCGGUGGUAUCGUGUCGCAGAUGACCUCAUGCAGAAGCGAAAGAUCAGUGGUCGUGGCGACCUGAGCUUGGCACAGUUUCUAGUUUACGAAACUUUGGUCCCGAGUCAGCCCUUUCCCUCAACAGAUUCUGAGACGACUUAUAGUGUGUAUCUGUCAUGCAUGGUUGCGUUUGCAAGGUUUGCAGGGGAGAUCUGGGAUCAAGUCUUUGCAUUAUUAGGCCCAGACAGGCCCAAUGUAGGGGAGAAAAUCACUGUUCUCGACGCUCGGAUUCAGUACUGGCUGACCACUACGUUUCCCUCUAUGCCGGGCACCUCCCGAGAAAGCGCCGCAACUACACGCCAACUCUGGCAGCAAUCCCUGGCUCGCACGAGAAUGAACCAUCUACGUCUCUUACUUCGUCGACGCAGAAUGGUAAGCCUGAAUUAUGGCACCAUGGAUGGGUUUGUUUGUGGUGGUGUAGCCAUGGACAUUGUCCAAGACAUACAAACCUACGCCAUGGAAGCGGACAAACCCAGCUCAUACAGGUUCCAUAUGGCUUUUUCGCUUGGCGGAGCGAUUGUUGUUCUCGCAACUCUCCUUUGUCGAGACCUCAGUACUGUCGACCUCGAUAGACAUCGACCAUCAUACACAGAAUCAUACCAUCUCGGGAUGUCCAUGUUGCGUGACCUUGCAGCCACUCUGCCUUCCGCUAGGCGCAUUUUAGACGAUCUCCGGAAAAUAGUGGAAGUUGUGGAUUUGGUUCUCCAAGACCGAACCUCUGGGUUGUUACAUCACGAGGACUUCACAAAUCUUGUACCUUCAAACAUGGACGAUCUCUUGCCGUAUAGCUUGCUGGCCUCUGGUACCGACAUGGAUAUUAAUCAACCGGAUCAAACAUGCGUAACUGGAAAUAUGGGAAUGCCCGAGGUGGAAUUCAUAAGUCAUAGACAUUCGACUCCGAAAGCAUGGGAUUCUUGGGACUCGUUUGAGUUCAUGAUGACCCCAGGCGGACAGGGCGUCCCAUGGGUGUAG